AAAAAAAAAAGUGAUGAGUUGAGAGGUAGGCAGCGGGCCCUACGCAGCCCCAGGAGACAGUGCGCAGCUCAUUUGCUUAAAUUUGCAGCUGACGCUGGCUGGCUGGCAGCUACCUCUCUAGAGGCACCUGGCGGAGAGUCUCUCGACAUCAGUGACCAGUCUGGUGACUCACAGCCACAGCCAUGAACUACGCCCUAACCCUGGACAUGGACCUCAUGAACCUGGAGGACCUGUACAGGGAACUGGGCAGCUACAACGACAGCACGGAUGCCCCCCUGGUGGAAAAUCACCUCUGCUCCACCGUGGAGGGGCCCGUAAUGACCACCUUCAAGGCCGUGUUCAUGCCCGUGGCCUACAGCCUCAUCUUCCUCCUGGGUCUGAUGGGCAACAUCCUGGUGCUGGUGAUCCUGGAGCGGCACCGGCAGACGCGCAGCUCCACUGAGACCUUCCUGUUCCACCUGGCCGUGGCCGACCUCCUGCUGGUCUUUAUCCUGCCCUUUGCGGUGGCCGAGGGCUCUGUGGGCUGGGUCCUGGGGACCUUCCUCUGCAAAACUGUGUUUGCUCUGCACAAGGUCAACUUCUAUUGCAGCAGCCUACUCCUGGCCUGCAUCGCUGUGGACCGCUACCUGGCCAUCGUCCAUGCCGUCCACGCCUACCGCCACCGCCGCCUCCUCUCCAUCCACAUCACCUGUGCGACCAUCUGGGUGGCGGGCUUCAUCUUCGCCUUGCCAGAGAUUCUCUUCGCCAAGGUCAGCCAGCCCCAUCACAAUGACUCCCUGCCGCGCUGCACCUUCUCCCAAGAGAGCCAAGCCGAAACCAAUGCCUGGUUCAUCUCCCGCUUCCUGUACCACGUCGGGGGGUUCCUGCUGCCAAUGCUGGUGAUGGGCUGGUGCUAUGUGGGGGUAGUUCACAGGCUGCGCCAGGCCCAGCGGCGCCCGCAGCGGCAGAAGGCGGUUAGAGUGGCCAUCCUGGUGACGAGCAUCUUCUUUCUCUGCUGGUCACCCUACCACAUCGUCAUCUUCCUGGACACCCUGGCGAGGCUGAAGGCCGUGGGCAACAGCUGUGAGCUGAACGGCUCUCUCCCUGUGGCCAUCACCACGUGUGAGUUCCUGGGCCUGGCCCACUGCUGCCUCAACCCCAUGCUCUACACUUUUGCCGGCGUGAAGUUCCGCAGCGACCUGUCUCGGCUUCUGACCAAGCUGGGCUGUGCGGGCCCUGCCUCCCUGUGCCAGCUCUUCCCCAGCUGGCGCAAGAGCAGUCUCUCUGAGUCAGAGAAUGCCACCUCCCUCACCACCUUCUAGGUCCCAGUGCCCGCUUUGUUCUGCUUUCCUUGGGGCACACAGUGAUGCCGGAAGCCCUUCCAACAGGAGCUGGGAUCCUAAGAGCUCACCUUGGCCAGCGUCCUCAGAUGGACCAACUCCUCUUUCUAGGACAUCCCCGCCAGCUCUUCUGCCAGCCCUGGGGCUAGGCUGGAGCCUAGAAAGGGGAAAGCAGCCCAACGGCAAAGCAAAGGAUAUCUACACCCACCUGCAUCUCCUUGGACUGAGAGGGCCCCACACACCUCUCAUCCGAACCAUCCAGAGCUCAAGAAACAACGUUUACUUCUGCCCUUGCCUAAAGGGAAAGUUGGUCCAUUCCAGAAUGCACUCCAUCAUCUUAAGGGCCGCUAACCUUCAUAGCUGCCUGUCUCUCCUACGCCACCUGCCAAACAAAGACAGGAGAAGCUGAGCACCAGGGGAUGACUGGAAGUUAAGGCUGAGGGCCAGGCAUGGUGGCUCACGCCUGUAAUCCUAGCACUCUGGGAGGCCGAGGA